AGAAUGACGUACUUCCUCUAAAUAUCGGCUACGGGGAGAACAACAUCGAAACGACCCUAGCCCCAAGUAACGAACCCAGAAUAUUCUGCAUUUUUACCAACUAUUACCACCUGGGACGUGUUCACAGCAAUACGUAACUACCUAAACACAAAAUGCCCCAGAACGAGCACAUUGAGUUGCACCGCAAGCGGCAUGGCUACCGCCUGGACCACCACGAAAGGAAAAGGAAGAAGGAGAGUCGUGAGGUUCAUGCGCGGUCCCACAAAGCCAGGAAGCUGAUUGGGCUGAAGGCCAAACUGUACCACAAACAGAGACAUUCAGAGAAGAUCCAGAUGAAGAAGACCAUCAAAAUGCACGAACAGAGGAAGACCAAGCAGAAGAACGACGAUAAGACCCCAGAGGGAGCAGUGCCAGCCUACCUGUUGGACAGAGAGGGACAGUCCCGCGCUAAGGUGCUAUCCAACAUGAUCAAACAGAAGAGGAAAGAGAAAGCUGGCAAGUGGGAGGUUCCCCUGCCAAAAGUGCGUGCGCAAGGAGAGAUGGAAGUGCUCAAAGUCAUCAAAACCGGAAAGAGACAAAAGAAAGCCUGGAAGAGGAUGGUCACCAAAGUCACCUUUGUCGGCGACGGCUUCACCCGCAAACCUCCCAAAUAUGAGCGUUUCAUCAGACCCAUGGGUUUGCGCUUUAAGAAAGCUCACGUCACGCAUCCUGAGCUGAAGGCCACGUUCUGCCUCCCCAUCCUCGGGGUGAAGAAGAACCCCUCCUCCCCCCUCUACACCUCUCUGGGCGUCAUCACAAAGGGGACGGUCGUAGAGGUCAACGUCAGCGAGUUGGGCUUGGUUACACAAGGAGGAAAGGUUAUCUGGGGUAAAUAUGCCCAGGUGACAAAUAACCCGGAGAAUGAUGGCUGCAUUAAUGCGGUCCUGCUGGUGUAAGACUCUGGCCCUUUUACACAGACUGUGCUCAUUGACUCAGAGUGUUGAAUACGAUCAAAAGGCAACGAGCAACUGGCUUCCAAUCACAAGGCCGGCAGGAAAAUCACUGAUGCUGCACAACACAUCAAGUUUUGUAACAGAAGAUGAAAACGGGGUGAUUAGAGUUUAAAUGUGAUAUAAAUAAACUUCUUGACACCAGGUAA